AUGUCUCACUCUAAUAACUCAUCAGAAUCAUCAAUUUCAUCAGUCACUUCUCAACCAAGUCUUCCAACUGUUCCAUCACUGACUUCACAAUCUUCAACCCAGAAAUCCUUGACAACCUUUCAUGAAUGUGUUUCAACUCUUAAAGGUCAUUCUUCUUAUGUUUUUUCUCUUGCCCUCUCUGGUAAAUAUCUUUACAGUGGUGAUUCUAAUAAAGAAAUUCGAAUAUGGAGUCAUGAUUCUAACACUCUAAAAUCAGAACAAGUUAAUGAUGUUGAGAAUUCAAUGAAUAACACUUUUGCGAUUGGUAAUGGUGGUGUUAAAUCCCUUGUAGUUUAUGGUAAUAAAUUCUUUAGUGCUCAUCAAGAUCAUAAGAUUCGAGUAUGGUUAAUCGGCAACAACGAAACGACUCAUCUCAAGAAAUACAAACGGUUAGCAACACUUCCAACACUUUCCAACCGUUUAUCAAAGUUAGUCUUACCAAAGAAUCAAAUUCGGAUAAGACGACACAAGAAAUGCACUUGGGUACAUCAUAUUGAUACAAUAUCUGGUUUAGCUUUAUCAGGAGAUGGGUCUCUUUUGUACUCAAUUUCUUGGGAUAGAACAUUUAAAAUUUGGCGAACAUCGGAUUUCAAGUGCUUAAAGUCUGUAACAGAUGCACAUGAUGAUGCCAAAAAUGCUAUUGCGAUAUCUAAUGAUGGUUUAGUCUACACUGGAUCAGUUGAUAAGAAAAUCAAAGUGUGGGGAAUAGUUAAAGAAGAAAAGAAACACUCAUUAAUGGCAAUAUUAGAAAAACAUAAAUCUUCAGUCAAUGUUUCAUAUACCCGGUAUAGAAGGGGAGUGCCCUUAUCGUAUUCGAGUGGGUUGUUAGUAGUAGUUAUUGUUUAUCAUUUGUAA